GUAUCUUCGAUUUCAACCACCAACCUCACGACAAGGAAGGCAGCAACCACCUCUCCUCCUCGCAGCACAGCCAGCAACCCGUCGCUCGUCUGCAACAAUGGCUGCCAUCAACAAGAUCGCCCUUAACUCGCCCUCGAGGCAGAACCCCUCCGAGCUGGAGACCGCGAUCGCCGGUGCUCUUUUCGACCUCGAGAGCAACACACAGGACCUGAAGGCCACCCUUCGGCCCCUGCAGUUCGUCUCUGCCCGUGAGGUUGAGGUUGGUCACGGCAAGAAGGCCGUCAUCAUCUUCGUCCCCGUCCCUCUUCUCCAGGGCUUCCACAAGAUCCAGCAGCGCCUGACCCGUGAGCUCGAGAAGAAGUUCUCCGACCGCCACGUCCUCUUCGUUGCUCAGCGCCGCAUCCUGCCCCGCCCCAAGCGCUCUGUCAACUCCCGCACCACCCAGAAGCAGAAGCGCCCUCGUUCCCGCACUCUGACCGCCGUCCACGACGCCGUCCUCAGCGACCUCGUCUACCCCGUCGAGAUCGUCGGCAAGCGCAUCCGCACCAAGGAGGAUGGCUCCAAGACCCUCAAGGUCAUCCUUGACGAGAAGGAGCGUGGUGGUGUUGACCACCGCCUCGACGCCUACGGCGAGGUCUACCGUCGGUUGACCGGCCGUGCUGUUGUCUUCGAGUUCCCCCAGGGUGGUGCCUCUGACUACUAGACCACGAAAUUCUUUUUUCCAUAAUGCAUCUUCUUUUUUUUUUCAACCCCUUUAUGAAAAAAGAAACCAACAUGUUGUUUUAAAGAAUCUGGUCUGGGAAAAUCAGGAUUAACAGGGAAUUCAAAUAUGAUGGCUGUGUUGUUGUGAGGACAAUUUUUAAAAGAUCUUUUUUUUAAAAAACGAAACAUUAUCUUUAAACCCAAACUCCCCUAACCAGCCGAGCCGGCGGUUCCAUGCCACUUGCCAAUUGCCAAUUGCCAACCAAUCGGCAAGCUCCUGUACUUGGCUUAAUUCGAUUAGAGGAAUCUCCAACUUAUCUC